AUGGGUAGUCAAGUAUGGUGUACCUGUCGUAAAGGACAAUGUCUUAAAGGAGAAUUUGUUUUGGACAAGUAUUGCAGACUAACACCCUUAUUCCCAGGGAAAUGGACUACAUGCUGUAAGGUGUUACCAAACAGUGUAACUAACCGUAGUUACGGAGGAGGCGGUGGUGGAGCUGGAUUCGGCGGCGGUGCUGGUAUCGGUGGUGGAGCUGAUUUUGGUGGCGGUGCUGUUAUCGUAGUUGGAUCUGGAUCUGGAGGUGGAUCCGGAGGUUCCAGUGGUGGAUAUAUGUAUGGUGGUGGACCUGUCUAUGGAGGUGGAUCUUGGUAUGGAGGCGGAUCUGGAAAUGGAGGUGGAUCUGGAGGGUCCAGUGGUGGAUAUGGGUAUGGUGGAGGACCUGUCUAUGGAGGUGGAUCUUGGUAUGGAGGCGGAUCUGGAAAUGGAGGCGGAUCUGGAAAUGGAGGUGGAUCUGGAUAUGAAGGCAGAAAAGGAAGUACAUAUUAA